CUUUUGAUCCGGUCCAAUUAGAAAAUCACAGAUCUGGACCGAUCGUGUUCCAGAUCUACCGUUUCUCUCCGCUGCUAAUCUCCCAGACGGUCGUACGCUAGAUUGCUCUCUGUUUCCUGCUCCUCUUCCCCUUAGGUCGGACGCAGUCUACACCACGCCGUUCGUCUGAUACCCCGAGAUUUUGCAGUCAUGGUACUAAUAGCGUGUGAUCAAUCUAUUGGGGUAUCAUCUCCUUUGACUAAGAUUGCAACAUUGGCUACUGUAACUGGAUUUACACUCACAUCUAAGUUGGAACCAGCGCCAGCUAAAACUCGUAUUUCAGUAGUGCUGAUAAAUAACAACCAUCAUCAGGAGCCCAAGAAUCGGAACCAGUUGAAGUUUCCCCUGAAAAUGAACUCUUCUGGUUGUAAAAAAAUUCACCUGUCAACAAAGCAUCAACCUUUUGGUGCAAUAAGGUCUACCAAACAAUUUGAUAGACCACAAUCCUCCUCUUUCAUCUGUGCAGCCGCAUCUGGUUCAACUUGUUCAAGUGCACAAACUCUUCCCCGCGCCGAAAACCACAAGACAAUAAAUGCUGCUCCUCAAUUCGAUAAGGGAGUUCCGUCCACUCCAAGACUUGAUGACAGCGGUCCCAGCAUUCCACCACGGCAUGGCGGAGGUGGCGGAGGGGGAGGGGGCGGAGGAGACACGUCGGGCGGAUUCUUUUUAUUUGGGUUUCUUCUUCUCCUAUCACACCUAAAAGAUGAGGAGGAAAAAUUGAUAGAGAGGAAGAAAGGCAGAGAGGAGGUUCAAAGGGAAGGUUAUUAGGUGCAGGUCAAUGAAGUUUUGAACUAAUAAUAGGAUUAAAGCUUAGAGUUUAAGUAGAGCCUAUCAUAUUACAUCAAUUCAUUACUGCAAAGUGAAUGUAGAGUCCAACAGUGUAGUCUUGUAAAACAUAAAUAAUUAAUAAAACAUUCUUGGUUCAUGUUCAAAUGACUGCAUACAAUUUUUAAUAACUGUUCAUCCAUCUGGUAUGUUCAAAACUGCAAAAGGGUUUGAUAUAGGUUACUG